UUACCGAAAUUAGAAAAAAAAAAAAAAAACAAAAGCAGACCUCGCAUCUGUGAAAUGGCAAUGGCAGCUGAGGCAGAAAUGGCAGCGCAAUGGGGCACAAAAUUGGUUGGGGAUGACUGCUGAGGCAGAAAUGGCAGCUGGCUGGAGUGCAAAUAGUGUCUGGUGGAAGGUCAACAAUGGUGGACAACAACCGACGAGAAAGACAGAGAGUGAGGGAUUUCGGGCAAUUUCCUCUUGGAAGCUUGGACUGGUGUCUAGCUAAGCAAAGACAAGAGACAGUGAGCUGGAUGUGCAAAGUUUCGUUCCAAUUUCUGUCGCUUUGCUCACGGAUUUGAAUGCCGAAUGUUUGAUGUAAAGAACGGAGCUCUGUUUUUGGGUUUAGGUGAAAGAGACAAAGUAAUGUCAGGUACUACCUCGCAUUUUUUAAAUGCGAGGUCUUCGAUCUCUUUUUCUUUUUCUUUUUUUUGUAUUUCGGUUGUUGGAAAAUUCAGGGAGAGUUCGCAUUUGACAAAUGCGAACAACCCUUUUACAGAAUCUCAUACACAAAAUGCUCCCUUUGUAGAAUUUUUUGAAAAAUCAUCGUAAUGUUAGAAAUUUCUCUAAGCUUACUCCACUGGCUGAGCAGCUCUUUGGGAAGGGACUCAUUGAUUUGCACGGUGAAAAAUGGAGUAUCCACCGAAAGCUCGCCAAUCCAGCCUUCGUCAUGGAUAGAGUUAAGGCGUGGGUUCCUGAAGUUGUGGAAAGCACUCAAGAGGUGCUAAACAAGUGGGAAAAUGGGAUAGGAGAAAGAAAUGAAAUAGAAGUGGAUGUGCUCAAAGAGUUUCAUGUACUGUCUGCAGAAAUUUUAUCAAAAACAGCUUUUGGUAGUGACUUUGAAGAGGGAAAGCACAUAUUUGAACUGCAAGACCAACAAGCCAUGUUGACCUUAGAGGCGCAGAGGACCAUAUACAUUCCCGGUUUCAGGUUUCUGCCUACACGCGACAGCAGGAUGAGAUGGAACGUAGAGAAGGAAACUCGACGUUUGAUAAAGAAUUUGAUUUAUAGAGAAAAGAAAACGGGAGGGAACUCAAAAUGUCUGCUUAGCCUCUUAUUAUGGGGUGGGUUGGGUUGCCAGUGGAAGAAGUCAUUGAUGAAUGCCAGACGUUCUAUUUUGCUGGAAAAGAAGCUGUUGCCAUAUUUUUGACUUGGACGCUUGUGCUUCUGGCGUUGCACCAAGAAUGGCAGGUCAAGGCAAGGGAAGAAGUUCUUCAAGUUUACAGCAACGAUAAGCUUCCGAAUGCAGACAGUCUAGGUGACAUGAAGAUUGUGGGUAUGAUACUUAACGAAGCACUCCGGCUCUACAAUCCGGUUCCAGAUUUGUUCAUGGAAGCCACUCAGAAUAUCAAAGUGGGAAACCUUGAUGUUCCAGGUGGUACACAGAUCUUUGUGCCUGUGACUGCAACUCAUCACAGCACCGAGAUGUGGGGAGCGGAUGCAAAUGAGUUCAAUCCGCAAAGAUUUGCUCAGCCUCGAAAGCAUCUCGCCUCAUUUUUCCCAUUCGGUAUAGGAAGCAGGAUUUGCAUUGGUCAAAAUUUUGCGUUGAUGGAGGGAAAAAUUAUCCUAGCUAUGAUUCUCAAACAAUUCUCUCUCGCAUUGUCACCGUCCUAUGUUCAUGCUCCUGUCACAUUUCUCACCGUCCAGCCUCAGUUUGGUGCCCAGAUCCUUUUCAGGAGGCUCUCAGGCUGAUCAAUCGUUGCGAAAGAAGAAUCUGGUGACAAUAAAGUUAUUCAUUUGCAUUGGUAAUUCUCUGUGUAAUGAUGGUGCUACGCUAUGUGUACGCCUCAAAACCAUGAAUGUCAUUUCGUCCCCCGUGAAAAUGCACGUUUGCUGUUCGCAAGUAUCAUCAGGUAAAAA